UAAAUUUUGACAUUUCCUGCAAACUGUCAAUUUAAUUUUUUCCUUAUUGUUCAAAAACCUUUUUUCUUGUGGUUCAAGUAGAUCGACGAAAAAAUGUGGUCGAGAAACCUGAGAACGGCCCAACUACAAAAGAAACUAAUCUACGCGCAAAAAAUCAAUUUCUACCGCUCGACGGAAACCCCCGCUCAGUCGGUAUCCGAAGACGCCCCCGUCCCGGCAGAAGCGGACGCGAAGGUGGAAAAAGAAAUAAAAGCCAACCCGUUUUUAUCGAAAAAACCGGCCACCAAAGGUGAAACGGUGCCCUUCGACGAUAUCCCCGGCCCGAUCAGCCUGCGGCUCAUUUCCAAGUUCUGGGGCAUGAUCCCCAUGAUGGGCACCGAAAUAACCGUAAGCGUAGUGCAAUACCUGCUUAGCGGCGGCAAAUUCUUCGGCGGGAUCCUGUCGUGGGGCGGAAACGCGCCGUUUUUCAAGAAAUUUUUUGACGUUUACGGCCCCGUUGUCAGACUGCACGGCGCCUUCGGCAGCGACGUGGUGCUCCUCUCCCGACCGGAGCACGCCUCCGCCAUUUUCCAAACCGAAGGCCCGUACCCCAUCCGGUCUUGCCUGGAGUCGCUGGAGAAGUACCGCCUGCAGUGCAGGAAGUACCGGCAAGCCGGACCCUUUCUCACCUACGGCACCGAAUGGGAGGCCCUCAGGAAGUCCAUCGAGCAGCCGCUGCAAUCCUGCAUUGAAUUGCAAUUCGACGAAAUCGAGAAGAUCAACGAGAGCUUCCUCGAUCGAAUGUACUCCAUUCGCAACAAACAGGAGGAGAUGCCUAAUAAUUUUAAGACCGAAAUCAACAAAUGGGUGCUGGAGUGCCUUUGCUCGGUGACUCUCAACAGAACCCUCGGGUUUCUGGUACCCACUGGACUAAUUCCCUCGUCGGAUCCCGGUCGACUUUUGAACGGUUUAUUCGGAGCCACCAACGCCAUAAGGAAAUUAGAGUACGGCUUCCACCUGUGGAAAUUCAUAGAAACCCCCGCCUGGAAAAGCUUGGUGAAAAACUGCGAUAUGAUGGAGAGCGUGCUGCGCAAAUACAUCGACAUAUCCAAGCAGCACUUGCAGGAGAAGAAGAUGCGCAACAGCCCAUUGGAUAAGGUGACUUUAAUGGAGCAUCUCCUCCUCAAGGAGAACAUAAUCGAAGACGAUAUCAUGACGAUAAUGCUCGAUUUGUUCCUGAUCGGCGCCAACGCCACGGCUCACACGGUCUCCUUCUUCUUCUACAACCUGGCGAGGAACCCGCGCUGCCAGAUCCAGCUCUACGACGAGAUCAAAGACUCGGACGUGUCCAGCACGCCGGAGAAGCUGAAGGAGUACGCCUACCUGCAGGCCUGCCUCAAGGAGACGCUGCGCCUGGACCCGCCGAUUCCCAUCCUGAGCCGGGUGCUGAGCAACGACGUGAUCAUCAAUCACUAUCGCGUGCCGAAGGGCACCCACGUGCUGUUCGCGGCGCACAUGAACAACAUGCGGCAGGAGUACUUCGAGGACGCGGAGAAAUUCAAGCCGCAACGGUGGUUGAACAACUACGAGGGAGGCUUCGGCAACGAGUUUCAGCACUUCGCUUCGAUGCCGUUCGGCUACGGGCCGCGGAGUUGCCUGGCUAAAGAGAUGGCCGAAACGGCCAUCGCCUCGCUGAUUGUUACCAUUUGCAAGCGGUUUAGAAUCGAGUAUAAUUACGGGGAUAUUAAGAGCUCGAACGAGCUGAUGGCGUCGCCGACUAAGCCGUUAAAAUUCAGAUUUAUCGAUAGAAUUUAGAUUGGUUGUUGUUGUUUUGUAUUGUUUGUGGGUUUUUUUGUUGCUGUAGAGUAGAGAUAUUGUAUGCUUAAAAUCGAAUUGUAUUAAUUUUCGAUUAAAAGAUUUUGAAACAUAGUUAAGUAAAGUUGUUGUAAAAGUUUGAU